AUGGCUGGGGGCUUGGAGUGGAGGAGCUCUGCAACCACAACCAGAGGAGUCGAGCAGGUCAUUAUUACUCUCAAGAAAGGUGCACAUCUCCUGAAAUGUGGGAAGAGAGGGAAACCCAAAUUCUGCACUGUCAGACUAUCUUAUGAUGAGAGGGCACUAAUAUGGCACUCCAAAGAGAGGGAAAAACGUUUAAGCUUGAAUUCAGUGUCCAGUGUAGUUCUUGGACAGAAGACUACAAAAUUUUUGCGUCUGCAUUGGCCAGAAAAGGAAUCUCACUCCUUGUCAGUUAUAUACAAAAACGGCGAAUCCUCACUAGACUUGGUUUGCAAAGAUAGAGAUCAAGCUGAAUGUUGGUAUUUAGGCCUUACAGCCCUAAUAUCAGCGCCAUGCACCCCAUUACUUCUGGUUAACUCAACAAACAGCCGUCAGAUAAACAGCUGCACGAAUAGCCCUCCUAGCUAUAUUCAGCAAAGGAAUAGGCUUUUUGCUGUGCACGAUGGAAGAAAUUUCACAAAGGUACAUUCGCUAUAUGGCAGUCCUAGGUUGAUACAGAACAAGUACUUGCACAGUAAUUUGGAUUGCUCUGAACCAUUCUUUUCUCCAAGACAGAAAGCAUGGUCAGAACUAGAUUCCUACUUGGAAAAGAUUAGUCCCGAAUUGGUAAAUCAAGUAAAAAAUAAUUUGAGAGACAUAAAAUCUGCUGAAAAAAUUAAGGACCAAAGAAUUGUUCAAAUGCCUAAACUCAAACAAUCUGAGGAAUCAAAUGCAGCAACAGAUGCUCUGAAGGACAUUUUUGUCUGGGGUGAUGUUUUGGGUCGUAUGUCAGAUCAUGGACAUGUAUCAGCAACCAAUAUAUCACUUCCAAGGUUAUUGAAAUCGUCGCAGAUUCUUGAUGUGCAGAGCAUUGCCUGUGGAGAGAAACAUGCGGCAAUAGUUACUAAGCAGGGUCAGGUAUUCUCUUGGGGUGAGGAAAAUGGAGGGAGAUUGGGACACAAAACAAGUGACAGUGUCUCUGAUCCUAAGAUCAUUGACUCUCUUGCCUCCACACCUGUGAAGACUAUUGCAUUUGGGGCAAAGUACACCUGUGCAGUUUCAGUUUCAGGAGAACUUUAUGAAUGGGGUGAAGGGGUUCAUAGCCUAGGGUUCGGGAACAAUCAGUGUCAAAGAAGCCCAUGGUUCCCGCAUAAAUUGAUCAGUACUUCAGAUGGCAUAUCUGUAUCGAAGAUUGCAUGUGGUCAGUGGCACACAGCUAUAGUAUCCUCCACAGGUAAGCUGUUCACAUAUGGACAUGGGGCAUUUGGUGUUCUUGGACAUGGUGACACAAGUAGUGUUGUUCAGCCGAAAGAAGUGGAGUCCUUGAGAGGCUUAAGAGCCAAGUCUGUCACAUGUGGACCAUGGCACACUGCUGCUAUUGUGGAAACAUCGGGAACACUUAAGAACAAUGCUCCUGGUGGGAAGCUGUUCACAUGGGGCGACGCAGAUGGAGGGAAGCUGGGCCAUAUUGACAAAAAGUCAAAGCAUGUACCAACUCGUGUCGAACCACUCAUUGAUUGUGAUUUUACUCAGGUAUCCUGCGGUAUGUCACUAACAGCUGUGCUAACCAUAACAGGUGUUGUAUUUACCAUUGGAAGCAAGGAGCAUGGUCAAUUAGGGAAUCCUCGAUCUGACAACUCAUCUAUUUGUAUGGUUGAAGGGCCACUUAAGACUGAGUUUGUCAAAGAUAUAUCCUGCGGCAGCUCCCAUGUCGCAGUCUUGACAAUGAACGGAAAAGUGUUUACCUGGGGCAAAGGCACAGAAGGGCAACUUGGUUUAGGGGAUUAUGUUGACAGGAGCUCCCCAACUCUAGUGGAGGCCCUGGAAGAUAAACAGGUGGACAGUAUAGCAUGUUCUUCAAAUUUCACUGCUGUAAUUUGUGUGCACAGGGAAAUCUCAACCAAGGAUCAAUCUGUGUGCAGCAGUUGCAGGUUGGCAUUUCGGUUUACAAGGAAGAAGCACAACUGCUACAACUGUGGUUCCAUGUUCUGCAAUUCCUGCAGCAGCAACAAGGUUCAAAGGGCUGCCCUUGCACCAGAUAAGAGCAAAAGGUGCCGUGUUUGUGAUGCUUGUUUCAAUGAGCUGAAUAAAACAGCUGAGCACGGCACAAUGAGUUGUGGAUCAAAGAUCCAAAAAGAAGAAUCGUAUUUAACAGAAACAAGAACAUAUACACCAAAGUUAUCACAAAUGCUUAAGGAAGCAAAUUUCAUCAUGGAAAAAAUGGGUUCUGCACAAAGUCCCAACCAGAGAAAUCAGGAAUCAGCCACUCUGAAUCAAAUGCAAAAACAGAGGUGGGGACAGGUAGAAUGCCCCGAUCAAUUCAAAUGUGCAAGAGACAACAUUCCACAUUGGUUGACAUCAAAGAAGCAGACAAUUGAUGUUUGCCGUAUAGGGAGAAUGACUGAUCCAGUCUCACAAAAGACUACUGCCUCUUUGCCACAAGCUACUAAUGAUAGGAGGAAAGAACAAGGUUUGAUGGAAAAGAUACUGCUGGAGGAAGUGAAACAGCUUCAAGCACAGGUAACCACUCUAGCAGAAGAAUGCCAGCAUAGAAGCCUGAAAGUUCAGUUGUAUAAGCGAAAACUUGAGGAAACCUGGUUGAUAGUGAGGGAUGAGGCCACAAAGUGCAAAGCUGCAAAGGAGAUUAUAAAGAUUUUAACAAAUCAGAGGAAUGCUUUAUCAAAUAAACUUUUAGAUGGUCUGGAACUAGAUGAUUCCAGUAUCGUGCCCGACCCACCCGACAAAACUCUUGUCACUGGCAAAAUUCCACCGCUAAACAGCAUCAGGGAUCAACACAACAUAGAGGAAGAGGAUACGCAAUAUACAACAUCUUCUAACACUGUUGUGGUGGAUGACUCAGCUGUGCAUCAGAAUGGCAGAAGAGCCUCCAAUAGCAGCAGAGGCUAUGAUGGGGGAACAGAUAGCACAGUUGCUCCUACUGACUCCAAUGGAGUGAUCGAGCAAAUUGAGCGUGGGGUGUACAUUACAGUCGUUACAUCCCCCAGUGGCAAGAAGGGAAUCGAGCGCAUCCGGUUCAGCCGGAAGCAUUUUGGAGAGGCUGAGGCACAGAAAUGGUGGGAAGAGAAUGAGAGCAGGGUAUUUGCAAAGUACAACAGCAUGGAAUACUUGGCAGCAUAA